UGACCACAUUCAGAGUAGUAGACAGAUCACAACAGGAAAACAGGAGUCUGACACUGUGACAUAGAUCUAAAUCAACCAAAUUAGACAGUGGCAUAUGUCUAAUCAACCAGAUACUGUAGGACUCCAAAUCUCCUUGAUGGAUCUCAGGGUUCUGGCUUUUGUGCUGUGUGUCACCAUAUACUCCAUCCAAGGAGCCAUUCCAAAAUGUUGUGUUGGGACAUCCAGGAACAUUCCUUUGAGUUUACUAAUGCGAGUGGAGCGAUAUGAUGUCCAACACAACCAUGGUGCAUGUGAGAUCGACGCUGUUGUAUUACAUGCCAAUGGGAGGAAGUACUGUGCAGACCCAAGAGUGAAGAAGGUCCUGGGAGUUGCCAUGCAGAUUAGGAAAGCUCAACUGAUGCGGGAAAAACUGAACUCAAUCAUGAGAAGAUGAGGGUAUAGAUCCUGCCAGUUCCCUACAGUGGAGUCACCGUGACAACUUUGAUUAAUGUGUUUUAAAUUCAAGUUUUUUUGUUCUGUUUACACAUUAAAAAAAAAUAUUUUAAAUUGCCUUUUUAUAAUGUUCAUAUUUCAAUCAUUAAUAAAUUAACUGUGAUUUUCAAUUAA